CGCGUAAAUGAGUAAAGAAAGAAAAGAGUUUGAAAAAUAAUUUUAUGCUCUAUACAAACAUUAUCACAAAAAAGAUAAUGGCUUUAAAUUAAAGGAAGCAAAUUUAAAUUAUUAGCGAAAGAUUUAAUACUUUAAAGGAGAGGAUUUUAUUAAAUUCACAAUAGUUAAUUUUGAAGAAAUAAAGGAUUUGGUGCCUUUAACUGAAAAAAAGAAGGAUGCAUCUUAAAUAGCAAAAUAUUUGUUAGAGAGCAAAAUAAUUAUAAGAGUUGAGAGGCAUAGAGAUGAUCCAAAGAAAAAAUGGCCAAAAAAGCUGACUUUAGUUAGAGUUUUAUUAUUUCAAUAUGUGAUAGGAUUAAUCUUUUAUUGAAGAUGGUUUUUACACAUGGAGUAUUGAUGCCAAUAAUAAGAUGAAUUCAAUAAAGUUGGCAGCCAUAUUAAUAGGUGUAUUUUUAAUCUGCCUUUUUCCAAUAUGGCCUUUUUCAUUUAAAUAUGGUAUAUUUAAGUUUUCAAUAUAUUUACUAAUAUUUUUGAUUGGAUUAUAAGUAAUAAGAUUGUUGUUGUAUUCAAUAAUAAGAUUAUUUGGUUAUGAAUUUUGGAUUUUGCCAAAUAUCAAUGAUGAUGUAAUAUCAAUUAAAAUAAAAUAUAGUCUUAUGGAUUUUUAGGAUCAUUUCUUCCUCUAUAUUCAAUUUAGAGAUUAACUGAUGGAAAAUUGGAAAUAGCUCUUCGAUUUAUAGGAAUGAUAGCAUUCUUUGCAUUAAUUUUUUUAAUUGUUUAGGAGCCUCAUUAUUUCACAAAUAUUUCAGAUGCAACAGGAUAAACUCUUGAUGAUGUUUUGAUAUGGGGUAAAGAAAAGAUGGAAGGCAAAUAGGUAAAUUAUAAUAUUGAAAAUUAGGAACCUUUGCAUAGAAGAGCUAUACCAGAUUUAAGUGAAUUAAUAAAAUAAGCAGAGGAAGAUUCUAGGAAUACUCAAAAUGAAGUUUAAAAUGAAAAUUUGGAUAUAAGGGAAACAUAAAAUGAUUUGUGAAUGUUUUAAGUAAAGUUGAUAAUAGG